UUGUUCCAUUCCAAAUUCAUUUUCAGUGGAGUCAGUUGUGUAAAAAGUCAAGAUGUACAAGAUUGCUGUGUUGAUGGCCUUGCUGAAAAGUACAGAGAGAAGACUUGGUUGUUUGCAUUGGAGGGAAGCUGGGAGCCAUACACUUAUCUAAACGCAGAGACUGGGCAACUAAAGGGAUUCCUGCUCGAUCUGAUCUACGAGGCAUGUUUGCGGUGCGAUAUGAAGUGUGAUACCAUCUACAUAGGCGAAAAUAUCCAGUCAUGCUUCAACCCUAUGAACUACACAGCUGAAGGACUGUUCAACCGCUACUUUGAUGGGUGUGUAGGAUGGGGCCCAACUGCAUUACGUAAGAAUGUCUUGGCUUUCUCGUCUCCUCUAACCAAGGCUCCUCUAGCUCGACUGUACACACGCGCAACUUCAGGGAUCACAAGACCAGACGAAGCAGUCGCUGGGAAGACAGUUGGGUUCCGAGCAUUCUGGUUCACUGACAAAUUGUGCGCCCGCUACAACUUACUGCCACAACUGAGAGACGAAGAUGUCCGAAACAUUGAAGUAACUAACGGAUGGGAGGACCUCCUUACACAACUUGUGCAGAGAGAUGUUGAUCUUAUCCUUCUGCCAGACGGUUAUAAAGGAACUGAAGAUCUAGUAGCAGUAGGUGAAGCAUUUUCUUGCACGGAAGGACCACUAUCACUGAUGCACAGGAAGGAUGUCGACCUUUCCUGGUUUGGUAAAUGUGUCCAGGAUCUCUACAGGGUCGACCGUUACCAUACCCUGUGCACGAACUGGGAUGUGAAGACCUGUCUAUCGACCUUCUAGAUAGCCAACUACGACAACACAGCCGUCUAAACAACAUUCUACACUCCAAAAGACUCUUAAUAUCCAUUUGAUUAUCUCCAUCCGACUCUGUUGUAUGAGCAUUAUUUUUGAAUUUACCACUUUAAAUAACGAUCAUCAAAACUACAUGGACUAAUGUUGUUGUUGGACAAAGCAAAAACUAUUAAGACUAUUAAAUUUUACAUUUAUUCUUAUAUAAUUUAUCAAAUAAAUUUAUUUUUGAAUAUAUAUAGCGACAUGAAUGUUAUCGAGGGCGUGUACAGAACUGUACAUUGAUGGGGUUUGAAAGAAUAGAAUAAAAUGGUGACCUAAGUGGUUCACAGGUUUCAGAGUU